AUGGCCAACGACUAUUACCGCUAUGAACCUUCUCUACCUGCGGCCAUUAUCUUUGCAGUUUGCUUUUCUCUUUCUGCGGUUGCUCAUGUAGUUCAGCUCUUGAAAGCGAGAACCUGGUACUUCAUACCAUUUCUCAUCGGUUGUAUCGUUGAGAUUGUAGGCUUCCUUGGGCGAGCCAUUGGCGCAGUAGAGAGUCCCGACUGGACUAAAGCGCCAUAUAGACUCCAGGCUUUGCUUUUGCUGCUUGGGCCCCCAUUCUUUGCUGCAUCGAUAUACAUGGUAUUUGGGCGACUGGUCAAACUUCUUGAUGCCGAAAAGCAUUCGCUCAUUAGGACUAAAUGGGUCACAAAAUUCUUUUUGUUUGGUGACAUUGCGUCAAUCUUUUGCCAGGCAAUUGAGUUCAUAUGUGGACGCUUACAUCAUACAGGUGGUGGCAAACUCGCAGGCGCCGAAACUCAAAGUGAUAGAAACACGGGUCAGACCAUCAUAAUCGUCGGGCUUGCAGUCCAGAUUGCAUUUUUCGGAUUCUUCAUGGCUGUUACAGUUCUCUUCCACAGCCGUAUUAAUCGCGAGCCUACCGCUAUCAGCCGCGUUCUAGCUACUCCAUGGCGCUGGCUACUUCAAGUCCUCUACGGAGCCAGCCUGCUCAUCAUGAUUCGCUCAAUCUUUCGAGUUAUCGAGUAUGUUAUGGGCGAAGAAGGAGCGCUUCAGUCGAACGAGGUAUACAUAUACGUCUUCGACGCAUUGCCUAUGCUUGCUGUUGCUGUCGCUUUCAACUUUUUCCAUCCUUCUCGAAUCACCAAUCAUACUGGGUCUAACAUGUCCGCCAAAUCCGAUCAGGAGAAUCAGCUGAUGAUGUUAUGA